GCGUGUCAGACAAGUGUAGAGUACGAGUCGACACAAACCAAGAGUUCAUUUCAGGUGUAACCAUGCUGUGGGUGAUCUUGGUCGCGAUCAUUCCCAUCGCUGCUUGCCAAAGAACAGACAAAUGGGACAGGUGUGGAUGUCGCUGGGACACGUGGCAGGCCUGGUCUAAGUGUUCCAGAAGAUGUUAUGGCAGUCAGAGUCGCCAGAGGAAGGUGUGGCAUCACAUCACGCCAGAUUGUGAGGGAUUUGAAGCAUGCGAUGAAGGAAACGGUGGAUGGGAAAGAAGGGACUGCAACAAACACUGUGAUGCAGGUUACUAUAAUGGAUAUCGCUGCACUUGUCCACGGGGAAGAUAUGGAGUGUGCUGUGGUGACGUUGUGACAUGCGCCAGACCACUGUCCAUAACACACGGACAGGUACACGGGACACGGUUCAACUAUGAUGACGUCAUCACAUACACAUGUGACACCAGCUAUAACUUGACUGGUUCCUAUGAGAGGACCUGCUUGGUUAACGGAGGGUGGAGUCGUUCUACACCUAGAUGUCUAUUCGCCGAGUCGUGUAAGAGUGGCCCGUGUCAGAAUGGCGGCACAUGUGUGGAUGGCCUGGACAGGUAUGACUGUAUCUGUGGAAGCGGCUGGACUGGGAAAAACUGUGAUGUCGAUAUACAAGCGCCAGUGGCUGAUCAAUGCCCUUCUAGUGUUCGUGUGACUACCUCAUCUCGUGAGAUGAACUACACAUGGACAGCUCCUGACUUCUCUGACCCGCAUGGCAACCCUGUGAAUACUUCCUCUAAUUAUGACAGCUAUGACAGUAACACUUUCACCUUCCCCUGGGGAGACUUCACCGUCCUCUACACUGCAGUCAAACCGAGUAACGGCCUUCAGACGAACUGCAGCUUUACAAUCAGCGUCAGACCCAAGCCGUGUCCUUCUAUUGUUGCUCCGAGCAAAGGUUACGUCCUGUGUAACGGGUGGAGAGCGGACUAUGGUCAGUUCUGUCUCGUUGGGUGCAACGCCAACUACUCUCUUCCACUCAGCUUUGACGCGCGACAGUGGGUAGUGUGUGGUGCAAGUGGCCACUGGACUCCAGAUCCUAUUCCACGACGAUGCAAUGAGGGUGAUUCAGCUGGCCAUGUGGUGUUUACCCGUGAAGACUGUCUCAGUGGUACUCACAAGCAAAGGGAAGACUAUAUCCAUGCACUGAAACGAUCGUCCUUCAACUCUGUCUGUACUGACAACCCUUCAAUGUGCUCUCCUGACAAUGUGACUGUUGUGUGCGGGGCUUAGAUGGUAGACAUACACCAGUGUGAACAUCGACAGAAUCGUUUUCGAACUACCGUCAAAAUAUGCUAAUGAAAUAAUUGAAGAACUGUUUGAAGGGAAUAUAUACAGUGGAACCUAGUUAUGUCAAACCCGGAUGUGUCGAAUUCCCGGUUGUCUCGAACUCAUUUAGGUGUCCCAAGUAUCCAGAUUACGCAUACAAUUUACCUGAUGUCUCGAACUCGAGAGUUCGACACAAAGAUGUUCGACUAUAUGUGAUAUAUAAUAACAUCAGAUUGUGUUUGAUUGUCGUGAACAUAAAGUGUAUGGCAUAUUCUAGUAGAUGCAAAAUGUAUGUUAUUGACAGGAAAUAUUCGUGUGCGACAUUGCUGUAUGUUCCCUGGAUUGCCAUCUGUAAAUAAACUUCAAUCAUUGCAUUGCUGAUACAUUGUAAGUCAUAUGCGCCUUGAAAAAUAGAUUGUUUUCUGAGUGAAAAUGCUUGUUAUAAAUCCAAUUGUAAAUGUAAGGUUCCGAUUGAUUGGCUUGUUAUGAUUACAAUCUCAUUUAUUAAAAACUAUGUCGAUA